AUGGUUAAACACAUCAAAGAGUCUUUGGUGGCUGCUUCGAAGCAAGACGUCUCCAAGGCCAAGGAAGUUGGGCAGACCUUCAUGAGCAGAAUUGCUCGCCAAGAGCCUGUCCCGCUUGUGGAGCUGCACCUUUUUCCAGGGAGUGCCUGGGCAGUCAAUUCUACUUGGAGGGCAUUGCUCGUCCCACGGGUCCGGGAGCUUUUCGGCAAGACCUUCUUCCUCUGUCGGCCUGAGGUUGAAAUCCAAGAGCCUGGUUGGACGCCUUGUGUGGCGGAGCUGCCCUUCGAACCUCUUCCGACGCGCCUUUUGCACCUCAUGCACAGGUGGAGCCCGGCAAUCGACCCGCUGCGCUCGACGCCCCACAGGCUGGUUCUGACAGCGGAGGUCUUGCUACUGCUCGUUACGGCUCUGGCUGUGUGGCAGCUGCUGCGCUCGCCGCUGCAACUGCUGCAGACUGGCUGGGAGCAAUACAUGGCUCCGACGCUGAGCCCGCGGAAGGAGAAGCUGCUGCAGGAGGAGUUGCCAAAAAGAUAUACCUUGACGCAGCAUGCAUACUUGUACAAAACUGCAGGCGGCGAGGUGGAAGCAGUGCAGCCCCUUGAUGCUUGUCAUGAUGUGACGAUUCUUGAGAUGACAGAGGCCAGCAGAGAGAGGCGCAAUCUCUUCGCGCAUCUUGAACACCUUCUUCUACACCGAAAUGAGAGUGCCGUGUGGGGACGAGUGGAAGAUCCCGCAGGCUGGGUCGUCCUUGUGAAUGAGGCCGACAACCUGCGAGUCAUUGCUGCAGGCGAAGUUCCAGGUUCAAUGCCGUUUGGUGCCAAUGCCAUUCUUCUGGUGCCUGUCCCUUCCCUCUUUCGCCGGCUGCUGGUUUUGGCAGCGGCCCACGCUUCGGUGCAAUGGUUCCUUCUGGAUCGUCUGGCUAAGAUGUUCCAAAUCGCUGAGAUCAUGGUGAUCUCCUUCUGUGUCUUUGCGAUUCAUGUGGUUGUGUUGUGGCAAAUGGAGUUCACGAAUGUGGAAGCCCUGCGUUUUGAACAGGUGCUCGCGACGGAGCAGAAGCUCUUGCGCCUCAAAGCUCCCCGACAUGCAACAGCCUGCCUUAGCAUCGCUCUGGUAGUGUUGUUCGCCGCAUUUGUGGCUGGCAUCUUGAGAAGGCAUGCCGACCUGACAGAAACUCUUCUGUGCAUGGUUUCCUUGCUCACAGCGAUUGUGCUGCACGUGCUGGACUUCCGAGCAUCUGCGGCGGGCCUUGACCAGUGGAGAUCUCCUCAACUACAGGCUACGGAGUUUACCAGCUUCAGCAGCAAGGGCUUUCAGAGCGUGGAUGAUGGGCCUGAUGCAGCUGGAGGUGACAUGUCGAGAGGUAGAAACCUGAGGAAACACUUCGUGCGCUGGCUGUGUUGCGCCUUGUCUUCAGUUGGGGCCAUCAUCCUGGUGUUGAUCGUCCUGGAUGGCCUGCAAAUGAGAGGAGAGCUGCUAGCAUAUGGCAUGAAUCGUGGCUUCUUGAUGACUCCCCCACACAGUGAAGCAUUUACCAACACAUUGCUACUUCAUAAAAGCGUGGACUCUCUAUCCUUCACCUUCGAAGCAGGCCCCUUCACUUCUCUUGUCAAGUUGCGCUUGGAGCAUCCACUGAUGGCGCCAGAUCACCCGGCGGCUCAGCCUGUCACGAUCUUUGACUCUGCCCCGGAACAAGGAGCACAAGGAGGCGAGUACUCCCUCCCUCUGCCAGCCGGUCCUCUCUACGGCCGCCUCAUCGUGGAGGCCAGCAGCCCGCUGCACCCCAAACCCACGCAGUACGUUCUGCACCUUUUGCGCAUCACAGAGGCCGUCACUCUGUCUGUCCAGGCGAGCAUCAACCCGAGCCAUUUCGAAGAACGGCGCGCGGGCAAACCAGCCAUAUUCAAUGAGGAGCGCCGGUGGCUUUAUCAGCGUGGCAAUCCCACGUGGUAUGUGCCGGACCUGGAUGUGAGAGGCGACAGCAAUAUCCGGUUGAGGUACCUCCCAGUCGUUCUUGCGCCUUUGAUGGUAUUUGAGAGGGAAGGGGGGCACCAGGCGGACAUUAAUGGCAUGAGCAUGAUCGCAAUGAACUGCCACUGUGGGCCCGAAGUGCCGGGUUUCGGAAACUCUUGCGCUGUGGAGGAGCGCAGCAUGGUCCAUGUGCUGGACUUCCAAGUCUGCAUUUUUCAAAGAAUCGUUAAGGAGAAAGUGGUGGUGGCCGAAAGGCCCGGCAGCAUCCCCAGCAACAGCUCCAAGUUGGUCCAGUGGCUUCUGGACGUCAACAUUAGCGGCAAAUCUGCAGUCCUUCAGCUGAAUGGCUUAAGAGCUUCUUCCAGCGCUGUUUGGCCUCUGCAGAGGCCGAUGGAGCCACAGACGGAGGGCUCAGACCUUGUCAUCACCACCACCUUCGAGACACUGAUACCAACAGAGAGUCUUCUGACUGAAGUCACGCAACUCGCACUCGCAUCAACGCAGGACAUGACGGAUGCGGAGAUGCUUGCCGUGCCCUUGUCUUUUGUCUCCCACGCGCCUCCGAUCCAGCUGAGCAUCGGGGUAUCGCACGGGUUUUUCUUACCAGAGCCAUUGGAGUCAGAGGAGCGAAAUGAUUUUGCUGCUUGCUGCCUUGGAGACCUGACCCCGGUCACCGCGCACAUCCGGGACAAACGCUUCAUGGUAGCCGAGGCAGAGAUCAGCAGGGGUCACGGUUGCGACCGCCAGGGAAUCGUGAAGCAGAAGCUAUUCACCGCAGUGCGGAUUCGAGACCAAUCUUGUGAGCCCUACUGCUCCUUGUACCGCCCACGGGCCGACACUUUUGACGUGUCCGUGACGCUCUCCGUUGCGCGGUGCUUUGAACAAGCCAUCGACCUUGACGACCUCGCUGCCUUCCGCAACAUCUCCCAGAGCAUGUCUACUUCAAGGCAAGCAGUCUUCGAAGCUUGCGGUACACUGCAGAAGGCCGUGCAGCAGAAUCGGACACUCAUCGCCUCGGAGAUGCUGACUUCUUUAGGUGCCGACCCGAACGGAGGGUCUCAAGGCCUGGAGACGCCUUUGCAGGUGGCAGCUGAAGCUGGAAACCUUCCUGCCAUGAAGCUCUUGCUCGAAGAGAAGGCCACAGUGGAUUUCAAUGGCCCCAACAACCGCACCGCGUUGUUCUCCGCAGCGUCGAACUGCCAGGCCCAAGCAGUCAGGUACCUGCUGAAUUGGCACAGCGACCCGAAUCAGCUGGCGCUUCCCGACGCAGGCGCAAAGUGCAAAGUCACACCCCUGCUGGCGCUGUUCGGUGACAGCCGGUCGCAGCACUGCAAAGGCAACGAGCUGAACUCAGUCCUUGAGCAACUGGUCCAAGCCCAUGCGAGUCUGUCAGUCCUUGCUGAUCAUGACUGCAGCAUGGUCCAGACGGCCUUGGUCAUGGCGCUUGACAAGCAAGAUAAACAAGAUCUGGCCGUGGUGAAAAAGUUGCUGGAGCUGAAGGCCAACCCGAAUCAGGCGGGUCGUUCAAGCAGCAAUGAACUUGUCAUGCCAUUCGCUUUCGAGUUCUUCAAUCCUCUAUGGAAUGGAGCUCCUGUGGCUGAGUUCUCUCGGGUUGCCAAGCUGUUGCAUCAAUACAAGGCAGAUGUGGAUGCCAGCCUUUAUCCUGCUUACUUGACAACGCCCCUCAUGGCGGCUUCAGAAGCUUGCAGAGUGGACUUGGUGCAGAUAUUGCUGGGGCUGAAUGCAGACACCACCGUCCAAAACCCAGACAAGCAGACUGCCAUGGACCUCGCCUGCCAGGACGGUGGCACGGAUGCUGACAUCGAGAAGCUGCGGAGCGUCCUUGGCAACGUGACGGGAAGAAAGUAG